UUCUCCUCCUCCUCCUCCUCUCUGGCAUUUUGUGCAGCGGAGGAGGAAAGAAGGAGUGACUGCUGAGGAGGAGACAGAGGGGACCCUGAGACAACACGUCCCACGCCAGAGCCAGACAGUCAGGGAACUUUGAUUUGACGCCAAGUAGCCUGCGUUGAACGUGACGAUGAAGAGACAGAGCCACGUUUCUUCUUCCUGGGAGGCUUAGAUAUGUCGGACGCGUGCAACAUAUGAUGUCCUUGGACUCAUGUGUUCAAUGAAGAUUUGUUUUUCUGUGAUUUCGCUCCUCAAGCCGCUGAUGGUGCCGCUUCGUUGUGCCUGCACUUAGGUCAGCCGAAUGAAUCUGAAGGCAGUCUGAGCGCAUUGUUUCCAGCUCCGUUUGCUUAUGGGAUUUCCAGCCGUGAUGUCUGCAAUAUUUCGCUCUUUGUUUCUGGUUCUAUUCAGCCUGCUGUCAGUGGGUGCCCAGACGGACAUGAAGAAGGUCGUUGGGGACAAUGCCACCUUACCCUGCCACCAUCAGUUCCCAUCUUCAAACUCUAUUGACAUCGAGUGGCUACUGCAGAAACCAAACUCCAAACAGAAAGUGAUCAUUACCUUUUUUGGCGGCCAGGUGUACACCAAUGAGGCGACAGGUAGCGACGCCAGCCGCCUGUCCUUUGCUGGGGAGUACCUGGGAGGAGACGCCUCCCUGCUGAUCAGUGACCUGCUGCUGACCGACUCUGGAGAAUACUACUGUAAAGUCAAGACCGGGGGGAAGUACCACUGGAGCCAGGUCAACCUCAUUGUGCUGGUCAAACCCUCCAAGCCAAGAUGCUGGAUGGACGGCAAACUCCUUGAGGGUACUGAUGUCAAGCUGAGCUGUAAGUCCAGCGAUGGAUCUGAUCCCAUCAGCUACAAGUGGGAGCGUGUGCUGGACAAAGGCAAGAGCCUGGGCAAAUUGCCAAACUUGGCACUCAUAGAUCUCAAGAACCCAGAGAUUGUGACCCUGAGGAAUCUCACCAUGGACAGCUCGGGUGUCUACAGGUGCACGGCGAGCAACGACGUGGGAGAGGAAAACUGCACCAUUGAGGUCACGAUGCAGCAUGCGAGGGAUGUAGGUAUGGUAGCGGGAGCGGUAGUGGGAAUAUCCCUCGGCGUCCUUAUUGUCAUAUUAAUCAUCUGGCUCGUCUUCCGAAAGAAAGAGAAGAAGAAGUACGAGGAGGAGGAGACUCCAAAUGAGAUCAGGGAAGAUGCCGAGGCCCCCAAGGCCAAGCUCGUGAAGCCCAACUCCCUGUCUUCAUCCCGCUCUGGCAGCUCACGCUCCGGGGCCUCCUCCACCCAGUCCAUGGUGCACAACAGCGCCCAGCGCGGCCAUCGCCCCCGCCCACCUGCCGUGGCAGCUCUCAAGGAAAACGGACAGCCUCCGGGUUUCCCCCAGUCCCCACCAGCCUACACCACAGUUGUGCCCUCCAAGACCCCCGAGCCCCCCACCACUCCCAAAUACAACUCUAGGAACAUGUCUGGGCCCACACCUCCGACCCUCAUGGUCCCCGCCCAGACCAAGGCCUUUCAGACUGUGUAGGACUGAAAGCUAGCCCCUUCCUGCAGCCAUUGUGAGACUCCCACUCCCAGCCCAAGCCCCCCGAGCCCCCAUCCCAAAGACUGAGACUCUUCCAUAAACAAAGAAAUGCAACUAGUUAAAGGAUGUAAUUAAAAGAAUCAAUACUAUAAGUCCAAAAGUACUUUAAAUGAAUGCAUACUUAAAAAGGGAAAAAUAAAGACUUGCUUGCCCCCCUACUGAAUUACAUAAACCACAAAACAAAAAGAAGAAAGCGAGACCUGAGAUGCAACAAUGUUUUUGUCUCAUAGCUAAAGGCAGAACUUAUUUUUUGGAGUUCCUGCUUUCGGCUUUGGAAGACACAGGGAAACACUGUGUGCAGUGAGGUUGAAGGAGCCCCCCCCCCCCCCCCCCCCCCCCCCAGUAGAGCUUUUAUUUAUUUAUCAAAUCAAACGGAUAGACACACGCUGUGGAGGGAAAGAGGUGAAAAAGGUAAACAGGAAAAGGCUGGAUGAUAAAAAAAAAGGGAUCCAAAACUCUGAGCCAAGUUCCAAUGGAGUUUCACGCAGCUGUUGAGAUUUGGUUUGGUUGUCGACAAAUAAAACAUGGAUACAAGCAAUGCGAGGAGUAAAGUGCCAGAGUGUGAGACAUUUGCUGAAUUUUAUUUUCAGAGAUGAGCGGGGGGGGGGGGGGGGGGGGGGUGAUGGGUGAUUAUCCAAUACAUGUCACCCUUCACCUCGGAGUUGCUGCUUUCUGGAACCACAAAACUCCCUUUGCCUUCCAUGGGCUGGGCCGAUCAUGCCCGUCCAUGUGCACAAACUAGAGUGCUCGGCGCAUGCAUCAUCUGCCUCAGGUGGCUACACAAGCAGCUCAUCGGUUUUACCAAUCAGCAGGGGAAACACGAGGAUGUAGCAGUGACAGUGGAGUCAAAAUCAAUGGAGUCGUCUAUACCCCCCUCUCUCUCACACCCUGUCUACAUCCAUGGACAUCCUUUUUCUGGUACUGAAUAUCUUCCCUGAAUAAUUGAAUAGUAUGUAUUAGGCCUAUAUAGCAAGUCAAUACUUUAAAUAUAGGUAAUAAGCAUCUAUUAGACCAGCUGGACUUAAAUUGACUUUUGUUCUGUUUUUGUUCUCCUGUGUCUCUUCUCUCUGAAAAGGUUGUAAAAGGGUGACAGACAGCUAUAUGUCGAUGCAUCCGUAUUUAGAAGUGCCACCGAUCCCUAGGAUGGGUUAUUAUUAUUGUUGCUUUUUUUUUUUUAAAACUCUUUUUUGUUUACCUGCUACACUUCUGAACUGAAACCAAAAUCUGUCACCAUGAAUGUGUGAUGUACAAAGAUGGUAGAUUCCAUUAUUCCCAGCACCCUGUAAGUUACCAAAUCAAUAUUCCAGCUGAGGCACAAAAGAAUUGACCUUAAAGUUCAAUUUCACAAGUACGAUUACCUGAAUGAAAGGAGCGAGUAGUAUAGAGGCGUCGAUUCUAUACGGUGUGUAUGGUACCAUUGUCAGUACUCUCCCUGGAUCCAUAACAAUGCAGUGGCACUCUAUUGCUGUCUCGCUGAAUUACCGGGUCCUGCUUGGUUAUUGGUCAAUCUGUGCUACACUAGCCAAACCCCCCAUUUGUCAUAUCAUGAGACAGGACCAGUGCAGUUUGAUUGAAAGUAUGAAAAAAAAAAGGGGCAAGUAGCCUAUAAAGUGUGCCUUUGCAAUCCCUCUUCCCUUUGAUGGUUUUUUUCUUUGUCCUUAUCUUCAGCACACCAGUGGUUAAGUCUCUGUUCACAUCCAGCUUUGAGGGUCAACAGUAGCAACUGCUGAGAGACACAACGUCACAAACUUGCCCUAGAAACAACAUGUAGCCAAGGGAGCAUCAGGCAGAGUGAAUUAUCCAUGGUGAGAAAGCAAUCCUUUGCCAUCGGACAAUGUACUGUACAUUCUGUAAUCAGUCUUGUUUUAUAUUGUACAUACAGAUAGAUAUACGCACAUGAUGUCAUUUAAUUUAAUAAACAAGGGUAUGUGAGAGGAAAUAUAUCCCUAACAGAAGAGUUACUUUAAAUUCCAAAAUGGAGUUUAGACCCUGUGCUUUUUGUGAACAUGUUGUGAGUACACGUGAAGCCCCUUUCUCUGAUAUUAAACUUCCGCUCUCUCUCUCGAGAAGAAGAAACAAGAUACCUGCCCAAGUCCCGGCAGGAUCCUCAUGAGAUCUUGUAUUGAUUUUAUUGACUCCUUGAGAGAAAAACAUCUUUGGAUUUUAUCGACCUAUGUGACCUUUACAGAGCACCUAGUUUCAAACAUUUCCCCAGAAACACAGCGUAGGCAGGUUAACUACCAAAUUUCCAUUUGAUUUGCUAAGUAUUUGUAAACCCCUUUAUGGAGAGCAAAUUCCAAAACAGAGGUGUAUCGAAGCGCCACCAUUAUUACUUCUUUGUACAUUGAUAAUGAGUCCGCAAUGGAGUAAUAUUGGUGUCCCAGUCUGUGAAUUCACAGUGCCUUAGGGUGUUGCAGAAGCACAGCGUGUAGAGAAACAGGGGAGCUCCACAUACACACUCUAACAUGCACACACACACACAUCCCGUUUCUCCCAAGUAACACCUCUGUUACUACCCCCAAAGAGGUAAAGUGUUGGGAUCACUUCAUCCCCCAAUUACUCCUCUGUGACAUUCACAGUGAAGGCGAGAUGUCACAGGGAGGUACAGUAUGUAUCGCGCCCUGAACAUUCAGUUUGAAUAGGGCUGUAGUCAACACAUCAGGAAUAUUUUAGAGAGUGCUCACAUUUAGUCGGGGAAAGCAAACAGCUCAAAUUUCCACUCCGGCACUAGCUACAGUUAAAUACAUGGCAAAUUGCCAUCCAUUUUUUAUGAGCAUGUUUAUACCAUCAAAAGAAAAAAAAGCUGUUUUAAUUUUAAUGACUUCAUGGUCUUAACUCUCUGAUGAAUUUAACCAUUUAAUUUCACCACUGACUCUAAGAAGAGCUCACCAUUAUAGGUCAAACACUAAAAUACUGUGGAUUGGAAUGAAUCUUACUUCUCUCUGUGAUAGUAUUGGCGCCUUCACAAUGUCUCACUUAACAAUCAACAUUUUCCACAAGUACCUCAAAAUUUUUUGCAAAAACCAACAUCUUGUCUGAAAAGCACAUGGUUUGACUUCACAGACAGGAUUACACUUGUGACUUAUCUGUUAGGGAAGGGAAGAAAAAAAAAACGCCUUUUAUAUUCAACUAGAGACAGAAGUUCAUAUUCGAGCAGGGAAGCUACUGUGAGUGUGCGUCUGGGCGUGCGUGCUUGCGUGCAUGCAUGCAUGUUUGUGAAUGUGUGUGAGUGUGUAUGUGUGGGUGUGUGCAUGUAAAUUCAGUAUAAGCCCUUGGGCCACACCCACACAUUCUCAUGUUAGCCAUUCAAUGAGGGAGAAAGGAUCCAGUCAGGCAAACAACCUCAGUCCAAAUUGAUAUGACUGCAGAUUGGCAGUGUUUAUUUUACUUUUCACUGACGUAUAUGCUUAUUGCACUCGGCUUUACAGACAGCAGUCAUGUUUUUUGCUUGUGGGGGUGGUGUCGAGAGACAAAGCACGUCCAUAAUUCAUAACAAUUGUCAGCUCUGGAGGCCACUUGUAAGCUCCCUCCCUGCUCUUGCUGUCUCUUUAACAUGGAAUGCGCUCGGCCCCAGGAGUUCUGAUGGCAUCUCAAGGCACACACACACAUACACACACACACACACACACACACACACACACAAAAUGAAAAACAGGUACAAGUUGUAUAUACACAAACAAAAACAGGUACACAUGGCACAUUCAGGUACACACGGAAACGCAGGUUUGUGCUUCAUGCACAGUCACAGUUACACAUUAUGUACAUGCAGUUUGCACAAACAAAAGCCCAAACAGCUUAUCCUUAAGUUAUUUCUGCUCCUUGAGAAUCAGUUUGAUGGAUCGAAUGUCUGGAGGUAUUUCCACUGACUGAUGGAACCAGGGUUCUAAAUGCAGCACCAAAAGGGACAGUGUACAUCACCCAGGGAAUAUGUGCACAUACACACACACACACACACAAUACAGUCAAAAACAGCUUUUGUAGCAAGAAACAUACACACAAACAAACACACAUGCAUGCAAUCACACGUGCACUCAGAAAGAGAGACACUGCUAUGCAUUUGAACAAUCUGUAUGGCAUAUGCUUCAACCAUUUUUUUUUCUAAGGGAAUCUUUGAGUGUCCUACUGGGAAUCAGGAGAGCUAUAACAGGAUUGAUAUUGAGCCAGGGCCGUAGGCUCUUGCCAUUGAAAUUCUCUCCACCAUGUAGCAGUGGAGGUGGAGGAUGGGAUGCAAGUCUUCCAGCUGUUAAAUUCCUCCAAGCUUUUUUUGAUUUACUUUCCAAAGCAACUGCAAGUCUCAGGUGGCAGAUUCCCCAGUUUUAUGAGCCCUCGCGUUGAAUCUCUCCUCUCGUGUGUGCCGCUCCGUGGGCCUGACAAACUUUCGCUCUUUUCCAACAAGUGGAUUUCACAGAUCCUUUGUCAGUUCUUCAGCGAGUGGAGGAGUGAGAGGCUUAAGACACCUCGGAGUGUUAGCAGCACAUGUCAUUCUUUGAAACAGUAUCCAUCAGCACUAUAUAUUGUCUUAUUAUCAACACUCAAAGGUGCAGUUAACAUGAAACCAGUCAUGGUUAUCCUGCAUUAUAUGAUAGGAAUAUGAAUCUCAUGUAGCCACAAUGUUUUAUGUUCUGUUAAGCGGUUUUAUUUCUAAAUAAAGCUGUGGAGCAGGGCAGAGUGAUGCUCAGAUUUUUGUGGUUAGGCCUUGUGUGUCAGUAUAGGGGAAUGUGAUGUAUUGUUACUUUUAAGAGAGGAGAUGGACGGAGCUGCUGUCGACCUCGAGAAGGAAAGCAAAGGGACCUGCAUGUCAAAGGAGAUUGAGCAGAUGACCGGGAAUGCUUUGCUUUGAUGUAACAUAACUGUAUCCAGCUAAAAAUAGUAAAAAAAAAAAAAAAAAAAUUAAAAGUAAUAAAAAGACAUUUAAAAAAAUAUAUAAAAUCUGCAAUUGUAAAUAUAUUCACAGAAAUUUUAUGAAGCUUUAAUUUAGUCUUUUUUAUUUUUAUGUUGACUUUAUCAUCUACGUACUUUGCACUUUUUUGUGUGCUGUGCUCAUAACCGGCCUGAGUGGGAUCUGUGUGGUUGGCCGUUUUCUCUUGACUGCAUUGUUUCGAUGUCAGGGGGGAGACAAGCUCAGCUCGGCGGUACUAAAGGGGAAAUGUAAGACACUUUUGUUUUCUUAACUCUCAUCAGUUUUUCUGCCGUGGCUUCUCUUUGGUUUUGUAAAACAGUACAGAUUCUUUUCUUUUUGUUUUUUGUUUAAUCGUUUGAUGAAAACAAUCCAUGUAAAUAUCACAAGUAAAAAAAUGUAUAUUUUUACGACUUCUGAGUUAUUACUCUUUCAUUUGCAAAUAAAAUAUUCAAUGACAACUUAA